AUGAGUUAUCAAUUUCGUUUAGCAAAUUGGAAUGAAGACGACAGUCCAACUCGUGAUCGUGAUGCUAGAACCUUAAGAUAUUUGUUGGCCUCUAAUUCUCCUUCUUCGGUUGAUUUUAACAAUCGUAGAAGAUCAACUGAAACCAAUGAUCAAGUUGUGCAUGACAAUAUCAUGCAAAACAAUCCUCUUCAUCCCACAUAUAUUCCUCCUCUUCACCCAAACACAACAAACACUACUACUAGUCAUGAUACUGAUUAUAAUCAUUAUCCUUCUCCUAUGGUACAUCCAACAACCAUAAAUAUCAAUAAUUAUAAUUACAAUCAAACUUCUCCUUCUUCUGACUCAACCCCGCCGAGACUUUUUGGUUCAUAUCUGACUUUACCUCCUACUACUAGAAGAAAUAAUGUUCAGUAUAUCAAUACAACACGGCCACCAUCAUCUAUGUAUCCAAGUAUUGCACAACUUGGAUCAGCUCCAUCAAAUUCUCAUCAAGUUCAAAGUAGAGAAAGAAAUAAUAAUAAUGGUAGUUAUACUUCAUUCAGUAAUGGUAGAAAUAACAAUGAUGAUGCAUCUGCUACUGCUACUUCAAUUGGUAUUGGUAAUACUUCACUCAAGAGAAGUAGAUCACCAGAUUUUGUGAGAGGAGAGAGUUCAAAUCAAGGUUCACAAGAGGAUGGAACCUUAAGAAGACGCACAAAUCCUCCUCCUCCUCCUACUUUUCAGCAAGAAAGUGUGAGCGAUAAUAACACGUCUUCAAUGCCUUCGACUUCGUUAUUAACGCGAUACAACAACAAUAAUAAUAUCUUCUUUUCAAGAAUGUUACGACAAGAAGUGAACCAAUCUAGUGUCAGUGCGACACAAAAUUCUCUUACAAGUGAGUCUCGCAUUAACCGACAUCCUGCACAUGGUGGUCCAGCAGGUUUUUUUGAUGAUACACCAUCAUAUAAUAGCCCAAAUCAAUCUAUCAUUAAUGCAGAUGUUUCUCGAUUCUUGUCUCCUUAUCAACAAGAGACUCAUCGGGCCAACUUCACCAUGCUCCGAGGAAGUGAACUUGUGAAUGCUUCUACCUUUGUAGCAUCUUUAUAUCCUUCAACAAUGACAAGAGGAAUAACUCAGACUGUAUUGAGUACAUCAUCUUUUCAAGGAAAUAAUAAUUUCCUGUAUACUGGAGCAAGCUCAUCUUCAUCCUCUCGCAGUUUAGGUGGAGGUUUUAAUGGUUUCAAUAAUAACAACAAUAACAACUUGGAUUUAUUUGAUUCUAUACAUCAUAGAAUUGAUGAUAUAUUUGUUCAUAGCACCAUAAAUGUUCAACAAUAUGUAAGGAUUUUACCAGGAGGUCAUGUGAGUCGAUUUUUCUGUCCAUCUAUUGUUCCUACGUGGUCAAAUAGUUUUAUACCCCAACGAUCACAACCGCCUUCUAAUCGUUCAACAAGUAGUUACCGCCUAAUCCCCCAUCCACCUCCUGGACAAGAAUUCAGUAUUGAUGUAGAAUUUAAUCAGUACAUGCAGAUGGGUACAUCAAUGGAUAGAUCAGGGAAUCUUCAUCUCGAUAAUAACCAUAUUCUUACCUCAGCCUCUCCCGAACUAAGGGCUCAAAGGGACAUGCUUAGGGAUGAGGUAUUUUCACUCAUACAACAUCUGCGUAGUGGUGGCUCUGUGCAUUUUGAAGACUUGCUGAUAUUGAAUUAUUCAAUUAUGUUAAAUGUGCUUGAUUCUCAAGAACUUAUGAACAUGCUACAUAAUAUAGACAAUUGGCCAUAUGAGGUGAUUUCACGCCUCGAAGAAGACGUCGAGAGGAUUGAGACAGGGCUCACUGAAGAGGAGAUUCACAGAUAUAUUGACACAGAAACUCACGUGUCAAAUACAAACGAAACCAAUACACAAAACAAAACCUGCACAAUUUGUCAGGAAGACUAUGUAGAAGGGGAAAUCAUUGGAAGAUUGGAUUGCAGACACAUAUAUCACCUUGAAUGUAUUAAACAAUGGUUGUUGUUGAAGAAUGAAUGUCCAAUCUGUAAGCAGAGAGCUCUAGAAGUUGAUGAAGAUGAGGACGAAAGCGAUUGA